AUGAGGCUGUGGCUGAGCCUGCUACCGCUUUGUAUCGUGGUUUUUGGUGACAACCCUUUCCAAAGACUUCAUGAUGAGAAGUUGCGAAUACGUAAGUAUCUUUCUGUGAAGAAAGUCGCAAAAGAAGGAGGGAAAUUGUAGGCUUUAUUGUACGGAGGUUUCUUUGGUAUGGACCCUCUAAAAAUCAUUUUAGGCUUCUAACUUCUUAAUAGUUAUUUCGUUGCCCAAAGAACAUGUAAAACAUUUCAUUCAGAGCUACGUGAAAACCCGUUAAACAAGCCUUUCGUCAAUCCAGGUCCCAAGCCCAAGUCCGGGGAUAGCCUUACGAAUGACAGCUUACCGCACGAUGUCGUUGUUCACUCGUACAACAUUCGAAUCCAACCGUUCUUCGCAUUCCCUGGCUUCCUUUACAGGGAAGGCAAGUCUCUUCCUUAGAAGCCCCAACGUUAAUUUAGACCUCCACAACACCUUCAACGGCCAAGUUUCCAUCACGUUCUCCGUCCUCAAGCCAACCAUAAAGGUCGAGCUGGCGUCGGCUGUAGUGCUCUCCUCAACGGUGUUGAGGCGUGGACGCCAGACGAUCAAAAUACUGAGGAACGAGACUGACCGCAACUCUCGUCUAACGAUCUUCGCUGCGGAGAAAUUGGUGCCCAAAGAAGAGUACACACUCGACUUCGAGCUCUCGUAUAAGAUGCACCCGCACAGCGCGAUCUUCGUCACUGAGUAUCUGAAUCCAGAAAACGAAAACACGUAAGGAUUUGGAGGGAUCGGCAAAGUGUCAGAAGAGCUGUGAGGCUUUGCGACGCUUGUUAAAUUGAAAUAAGCUAAAACGUUCCGGUGAAUGGAAUGGCAAUCCCCCAAAAAAAGACGCAAAAAAACAUUUUGUCGGUGAAGAAAUGGGGAGUUUCUGGGGCGAGAGAGUACGUUUUUUCUCUGUCUUCUCUGUUAAAUCAAGACGAAAUGUGAAAAAACCGAUAGCGAAAAAACCGACAGGUCUAUUCCGGUCGCCGGACUCCUCAAUUUGAUGUGUCGCUGCGCCGAUCGUAUCGCUGAAGUGAAAAUCCUUGGCAUUGCCGCUGACCAGUACGGGGGUAAUAGCCAAGGUAUUAAUCAGCUAUUUCUAGGUCUCUCGUGGCAACAUCCUUCGACGCAACCCGUGCCAGAGAAGCCUUCCCCUGCUUUGACGACCCUUUCUUCAAAGCCACCUUCAACCUCACCCUGAUUCAUCCCGUAAAUGCCACAGUCUACAGCACUGAAGAAGUUGCGGAAAGCAGACUGUAUGGGUAGGUAAUCGUCGCAAUUUACGGCCAAACUUUUAGUCAUCUAACCAAUAUCACUCGAUUCAAGCCCACUCCGAAGAUGUCUCCACAUCUUUUUGCGUUCGCCAUUGGCGAUUUCGUGGAGUCCAAAGCGGUCUCCGAAAGCGGUGUGCUUGUGAGUUGCGAAAGUGUUGUCGAUAAGGACAUGUUCAGGUUAGAGCUAUCACCACUCGAAAUCGGCAGCCGUCUGCCAACAGCUCCGCGGAAAUGGGCGCUAGCUGUGUGAGUGCGCUGGAGAGCCUGGUCAGCAUCAAGUAUCCGUUGAAGAAACUGGGUGAGUGAAGUGGUGUUCUAGACCUGUUUUCGUCUGCAAUUUACAAUAACUUUGUCUUAGACCAUCUGGACAUUGGGAGAUAUUUGAGCAAGCACGUCGAAAGUUUUGGUCUGAACACCGAUUCUGCCGGUUUAGUCGCGCAAUUUGGCGUCACACUCUCCGAUCAAGUGCGGCAAAAGAUGGCGAUUUGUCGAAGAACUGCGCUUCAAUGGUGGGUUAUACAUCAAAUCGGCAGUGUAGAACAUGUACACCAAAGGCCGAUACAUCAAAUCGGUAGUGUAGAACAUCUACACCAAAGGCAAUUCACUGAUUAUUUUCAGGUUCGGCGGUCUUGUCACUGCGGAUCGCUGGGGAUUGGAGUUUCUGCACGAAUCCUUUGCGACUUACUUUGCAAUCCAUGCGGCAGCUCAAGUCGAGGAGCACAGGGCUCUGACCGUAAGUCAAGCUCUCGCGUUCAUCAUUAAUAUUUUUUCCAGGAUGUGGCGGAGCUCGAUUCAAUUUCAUCCGCCGCGAAAAACUACAGAGGGGCGACACACGCAAUCGUCGAUAACCGCAGCCGUUUUGACAGUAAGUGAGUUCAGUACAUAGUAACUUGCGGUGGUUACUGUGUAUUUCCGCAUGACCGUCUUGGGCAUCUAGGCUUUCCUUAUCUUUCAGGUAUCACCAACCACGUUGGUAGUGGAGUUUUGAAUGCUCUUCGCCAUAUCUUGUCCGACCAAGUCUUCUACAGAGGCCUGACGAUUUACCUGAGGGAAAAUGCGUACAAAAACGCCAACUUGGACAGCUUGCUUCGCAGCUGGGUUCAGGUGUGUUUAGGUUUUCACUCUGGCAGACCAGCUAGCCAAGAGUUGAAAUCAUAGCCAAAUUUUUUAUAUGGCUAACCAAAGAAGUGUCAGAAGAGCUGUGAGGCUUUGCGACGCUUGUCAAAUUGAAAUAAGCUAAAGCGGUGAAUGGAAUGGCAAUUCCCCAAAAAUCGACGCGAAAGAACUUUUUGUCGCGGAAGAAAUGGGGAGUUUUUGGGGCGAGAGAGUGCGUCUUUUCUCUGCCUUCUCUGCGAAAUCAAGACGAAGUGUAAAAAACCGAUAGUCUAUUUUCGGUAACCGGACCGCUCAGACGUGCUGUAGUGUGGCUUGUUUGCGCCGUGAUAAAAUUGGCCACCGACGUAAUUCAGCCCACUAACCAAAGUCCCCUUUCAGGCCCGAGGCAACAACACUCUCUGCGGCCCCAUCACCUUCACCGAAUACGCCAACGAUCUGUUCCUACGCCCGGGAGUCCCAGAGGUCUUCAUUAAUUAUCGUGACUGCCAAUUCGAAAUAUCUCAACGCGCAGACAAACGAGGGCAGAAGUGGAAUGUGCCGAUCUUUGUAUUGGAUCUGAAAACAAACACCGAACAUCUUCUUUGGCUCCAAAAAGACGGCCAAAUCUGCAAUCAAGACGAUUUUAGAUUAGCGCCUGAUGGGGAAUACAUCUUCAACAAUGAAGGAAAGGGUUUCGCAGAGUUCCUUUUCAGCAGGACAUUGAUGUCAAAGUGGAUCAAAAAUCUGAAAUCCCAUGCACUAUCGGCUCGCAACCUUCUACACAACUUGAAAGUGUUGCAGAAAAUAGGGUUAUGGGAUGACAUCGACGAUCUAUUAAGUGACCUUGUGGUGAAAAAGAAGGGGCAGAUAGGCUUCGCAGAGGCCCGUUAUAUCAGCCAGGAGCAUCCUGUAAGUUUGCUGAUUUACGAACAAGGGAAGUGCCCCAAGUGCGACGCUCAGGUUUUCUUUAAAUUUUGCACACACGUCGGGCAUAGACUAAAUAUCAAUUCCUCAAAGUGUUUAGCUAGCGCUUUGAAGGCGAAGCCGAGAUAUUCAACGAUCUUUGCGGCUGAGAGAGUAAUUAGAGAGAAAAACACUUUGUUGGCCAUAACGUUGCCAUUUCGAAUAAAAAAAAUUAUCUUUUUCUCGAAGCAUUACUCUCAGCAGUAGAAUUAGGAAUGAAACUUUUCGUGCCAGAAUUCGGCAAAACGUGUUAACUUUUCGCCAACUUUGGAUCUAAAAAUCUCGCUUGUAUCUGCAAAGCGAUUGGAUUCUCGCAUAGAUCCUACAAAAAAUUAUUCUAAAUUUGUGCCAUGUUUCAUCAAAAUCUGAGCGUCGCACUUGGGAUACUACCCCCUUAAGCUUGAAAAAUCACAUUUCAGAAGUACAAUGAGAUAGUCCGGAUAAUAAGUGACAACUUUGACUUCAAGCCCACCGCAGAGAACAGGUGAGACAAAGUUUUUUGAAGAACUCAGGUAUAGUACAUGUAGGGCCAACUGCAGGUUACAGGAGCUAACCGAAACUUGGAAACGGUAGGGCGCUGCUCGGAAAACUUACACGGAAGCAGCUCGCGUAUUGGGGGCAGCUCGAAACCAAGGUGGAACUGAGCUCCGGCAAACUGCGAAAGGUGUUCUCCGAGCAGAGCUGCCAGAAGCGCCCCGGUGCCAAUGCGCUAACUGAAAAUUCCCAGCUAGCUGAAAAUGGUCGGGUGCAGCUCGGAAAACAAAGUUUUGCAACUCGCCGAAGAUACGUUUCUGCUUAGUUUCGAGCUACCUGCGAUAUAAGAGCUGUCCUCGGGUAAAUUUUCCAGCUGCACCCUAUCAUUUUCAGCAAACUUUCAGUUAGCGCAUGGGCCCAGUUUCAAAGCCUAAUCCUUACUUUCAGGCUGCUCGGAGAACUGUUUCUCGAAACUGCGGUCCGUCGGAACAUUUCCAGCGUGGAAGAGAAGGCCAAGCGAUUGUUCAAAGGCUUCAAGAGAGAUUGUGCGCCCGAAAAGGAGUUAGUGGAAUGUCCAAGGUAGGCCGAUUCAUAGCAUUGAAGACAUUGAUGAGCAAGACACAAAGCGAAUACUGUUUUGUUUUAGGAUUCCUCCGGAAUGGCGCCGCGCGGUCUAUCUUCAGGGACUCAAGAAAGAAACUGGGAGGGAAUUUUUGGAGAGGUAUGGAAAACGCAUUUUGUCUCAUGCGUGGUCCGAUUUCUUGAAACUCGAGUGCCAUCGACUUGCAACAACAUUUUAA